GCAUUGCGCGUUCUCCUCUCGUUGAAAUUCUCUCUGUUCCCUCUUCCGUUUCUACUACUCUCUGCUUUUUGCUGCUUUGGAAGUUCGGAUCGGAUCCCCCCUCACCUCUCCUCUCCCUCUCCAAUGGCACAAGCUCCGGCACCCACUCCACUGUUGAAGGAUGAGCUCGAUAUCGUGAUACCCACCAUCCGGAACCUCGAUUUUCUCGAGAUGUGGAGGCCCUUCUUCCAGCCUUACCAUCUCAUCAUCGUCCAAGAUGGUGAUCCCUCCAAGACGAUCAAGGUUCCAGAGGGUUUCGAUUACGAGCUCUACAACCGCAAUGACAUUAACAGGAUUCUGGGUCCUAAGGCCUCAUGCAUUUCAUUCAAGGACUCUGCCUGCCGUUGCUUCGGCUACAUGGUGUCUAAGAAGAAGUACAUCUACACCAUUGACGAUGAUUGCUUUGUUGCUAAGGAUCCAUCUGGCAAACAGAUCAAUGCACUGGAGCAGCACAUAAAAAAUCUUCUCUCCCCAUCUACUCCUUUUUUCUUCAACACUCUGUAUGAUCCUUACCGAGAAGGCGCAGACUUUGUCCGUGGAUACCCUUUCAGUCUACGUGAGGGUGUACCAACUGCUGUUUCUCAUGGCCUUUGGCUCAACAUCCCAGAUUAUGAUGCUCCCACCCAGCUUGUCAAGCCUCUUGAGCGAAACACAAGGUAUGUCGAUGCGGUUCUGACCGUACCUAAGGGCACCCUGUUCCCUAUGUGUGGUAUGAAUCUGGCAUUCAACCGGGAACUGAUUGGUCCUGCAAUGUACUUUGGACUCAUGGGUGAUGGUCAACCAAUUGGGCGCUAUGACGAUAUGUGGGCUGGCUGGUGCAUUAAGGUGAUAUCUGACCACUUGGGAUGGGGUAUCAAAACUGGUCUGCCCUACAUCUGGCACAGCAAAGCAAGCAAUCCAUUCGUGAACCUUAAGAAGGAAUACAAGGGUAUUUAUUGGCAAGAAGAGCUGAUCCCUUUCUUCCAGUCAGUAACCCUUCCAAAGGAAUGCACCACUGUUCAGAUGUGUUACGUUGAACUCUCCAAGCAGGUCAAGGCUAAGCUUGGGGAAGUAGAUCCCUACUUUGACAAGCUAGCAGAUGCCAUGGUCACAUGGAUUGAAGCUUGGGAUGAGCUCAAUCCACCUGCAAAAGCUGCUCAGCUACCUAAUGGCACUGCAUAGAGAAUCUUGGUUAACGGUUACUACUCUUUAUCUUGAUAGUUUGGACUUGGUAGUUGUCUCACUGUUGUAUUUUCCUAUAUUUCUCUAAGCUUUUUUAGAUGAGAGCUUGGAGCAUAUAUAUUUUUUUUUUUUGCAGAUGGAUGCAUGUAAUUUAUUUUUGAGUUUAGAACAAUAAAAUAUUGGUUUUGGAAUUGAAAUUAGGUUUUUGCACCACUUGUUUGGUUGAUAAAUAUGACAAUAACUAGGGCCUUGUCCUCC